AUGGCUCCACUUAUGUACGAAGACCCUGAUGUACUUGCAGAACAAGCCAGCGGUCCUGCAUGUACGUUUAGUUCAUGCAAGCUGGAGCCUAUUGCUGUAGUGGGUUAUUCAUACCGAUUCCCUGGAGAAGCUGUCAACGAUGGCGACUUCUGGCAGAUGCUCAUAGACAAACGAUGUGCCAUGACAGAGUUUCCUUCUAAUCGGAUCAAUGUAUCUGGAUGGUGUCAUCCAGACAAGAGGAGGCGAGGUCAAUUUACAGCACGAGGUGGCUGUUUUUUAAAAGAAGAUGUUUCAUUAUUCGAUGCGGCUUUCUUUUCCCUUUCCAGUGAUGAGGCCGCGGCUCUGGACCCGCAACAACGCCAUUUACUUGAAGUCACAUAUGCAGCAUUGGAAAACGCGGGAAUACCAAUGGAAAAAAUGGCCGGUUCCCAGACCUCAGUCCAUGUGGGCUGUUUUGGGAGUGAUUACCGACUUAUGUGCCUGAAGGAUAUCGAGAUGACUGCCGAUUAUGACACCGUUGGUGUGAAUAUGUGUAUGAAUGCCAACCGUCUGAGCUGGUUCUUUGACUGGCGAGGGACAAGUAUGAAUAUCGACACAGCUUGUUCAAGCAGUCUAGUAGCCAUGGAUCUGGCUUGUCAAGGUCUGUUAAAUGGUGAAGCUGAGAUGGGUAUUGUUUCCGGAACCAACCUCAUCCUAUCUCCCGAUAUUAUGCAAAUCGAGUCAAACGUGAAUAUGUUAUCGCCGGACUCUCGAAGCUACAGUUUUGAUCAUCGUGCCAAUGGCUUUUGUCGGGGUGAAGGAACUGGUACCCUGGUGCUCAAACGUCUUAAUGAUGCUCUCCGUGAUGGCGAUACUAUCCGUGCCGUGGUGAGAUCAACGGGAUCUAAUCAAGAUGGGUUGACAGUAUCAGGUAUCAUGCAGCCUAGUCCUGCUGCUCAGACCCAACUCAUCCGCCAUACAUACGAAAAGGCAGGAUUAAGCCUCGAGCCCACUCGCUUCUUUGAGGCGCAUGGAACAGGAACUCCAGUGGGUGACCCUAUUGAAUGUGAUGCCAUUGGAGAAGCCUUUCGAGGCGUUCGAAGCACCGCCGAUCCACUCAUUGUCGGUGCUCUUAAAUCAAAUAUUGGGCAUCUCGAAGGUGCAAGUGGUAUAGCUGCGGUUAUUAAGACUAUAAUGGUACUGGAGAAGGGAAUUAUCCCACCAAAUACAAACUUUGAGAAGCCGAAUCCUCGCAUUGAUUUGGAGUUACUCAAUCUCCGACUCCCGCUUGAAGCUAUGCCAUGGCCAUCGCCCGGUCUCCGAAGAGCCUCCGUUAAUUCCUUCGGCCUGGGAGGUUCCAAUGCUCAUGUGGUUUUGGAUGAUGCUUUUAAUUUUCUCCUUGAUCAUGGACUAGACGGCAAUCAUUGCACAGUCCAAACACCAUCUCUGGAUUCCUCACCAAGCCCUUCAUUGUCUAUGGACUGUCUUCCUGUAUCUGUUCCAAAACUCCUCACAAUCUCUGCAUCGAGCAAGGCAGGUAUGAAGGAUUUAGUCAAAGGUUACAGAUCGUAUUUCAAAGGCCUCCCCAUUUCAGACGGAGAUUUGCCAAAUUUCAUGGAUAGCCUGGCUCACACAUUGAAUGCACGCCGGAGCGAAAUGACACAUAAGAGUUUCUGGGUUGCUUCAAGUCUCGAAGAUCUAUGCAAUGUGGAACAAAAAAUAUAUCCAGCCCAAACCACGCAAGAUUCUCCUGUUCUAGGGUUUGUAUUCACAGGUCAAGGCGCUCAAUGGGCUGAAAUGGGUCGAGAGCUGUUGCAAUAUCGAGGUUACCGUAACAGCAUUGAAAGAUGCCAGCAAGCAUUAGAUUCAUUCGGCUGUUCGUGGUCCUUGGUAACCGAGCUUCUUCGUCCUAGGACCAGCAGUCGAAUUAAUGACCCAGAGCUAGCGCAGCCAGCAAAUACUGCUAUGCAAAUUGCUUUGGUGGACCUACUCCACGAAAUUGGCGUUCGACCUGCAGCUGUAAUUGGACAUUCAUCAGGCGAGAUUGCGGCUGCAUACGCAACUCAGGCUAUUUCCUUGUCGGAGUCGAUGCGAAUUGCAUAUUUCCGUGGGGUAUGUGCGGGAGAGCUAGCACAAAUCAGCCAAGUUUCCGGUGCAAUGCUUGCGAUAGGACUUUCCGCAGAGCAGGCACAAGCAUAUAUUGACCGUAUCUUGAUCAGCAACAUGAAGGAUGACGGUAGAACAUGUAUACUUGGCAUCGCAUGUGUCAAUAGUCCAAAGAGUGUCACAGUCUCGGGAGAGUCAGAUCAGGUAGAUCAGCUGCAGAGUAUUAUUGAGGCAGAUAAGGUCUUUGCACGCAAACUGCGAGUCCCAGUGGCAUAUCACUCGGCUCAGAUGAACCAAAUUGCAGACUCAUAUCGGGCGAAUUUGACAGGUCUCAAACAACAAACCCCGGUCAAGUCAUCCAAAGGCAUUAUGAUGGUCUCCUCGGUAACAGGCCACGCAGUCCAAGCAUCACAGUUAGCCAGCCCUGACUACUGGGUUGCCAACCUUGUAUCCCCGGUCCAGUUCACCAAGGCGAUUCUGGGAGUAUGUACCGAGCCCGGGAGGAGGAUCCGCAAGAAGCUGGACUGCAGUCACCGAGGUCAACCAGGAAUUAACACUUUGGUUGAAAUUGGGCCUCACUCGGCGCUCCAAGGACCCAUCCGUGACACCCUGGACACUCUGACUUGGGGCCAAGAUAUCAAGUACUGCACAGUUCUUCGUCGAGAAGAGCAUGCACAGCAUACAUUCCUGGAUACCAUCGGGCGUCUCUAUUGUUUGGGCGUUUCGGUCAAUAUGAAAAAUUUGAACCGACUCAGCGACCCAGUUCAAAAACAUCAACGACUCCUUGUUAACCUUCCAUCAUAUCCCUUCAACCACUCGACUCCGUACUGGCGAGAGGGACGAGUGAGCAAGCGAAUCCGCCUCGGAAACGGUCGUCUUGAUCUUCUUGGUAAGCAAACUGCAGACUGGAAUCCCCUGGAAGCUAGAUGGAGACACCAUAUUCGAUUGACAGAGAUGCCCUGGGUGGACGACCAUGUGGUCAAAGGGAGACUCAUAUAUCCCGCUGCUGGCAUGAUUGUCAUGGCUAUUGAAGCUGCUCACGAAGUGGCUGUUGAUCGUACUCGUCGUAUCUCGGGCUUUGAGAUUCAAGACGUGGCGUUCCAACGUGCUCUCACCAUUCCCCGAGAUAGCGAAGGAGUUGAAACCAAUUUCCUUUUACGCACACUGACUGAGAACGGCCGCCCACAGCCAUGGAUGGAAUUUCGACUUUGCUCAUAUGAGAACGAUGAAUGGCAUGAGAAUUGUCACGGUCGCAUCAAGGUGGACUAUGAUGAACCUGUCGAUUCGAUCCUCGAGGAUUGGUUAGAGGCAAAGAAUCAGAUCGCCAGUGCAUGCACCACUGAUCUGGUCCCUGAGACUCUAUACUCGACUCUCCAUCGCAAUGGAUACGAAUUCGGUCCAGCUUUUCAGACAGUAUUGAAAGGGAGGUGCAACGGACAGCAGGCGACAGCGGGCAUCAAGGUGUUUCAGUGGCCUGCUAGUCAAUACCCGCAACCUCACAUCAUCCACCCGACGACCCUUGAUGGAAUCCUGCAUUUUAGUGCCGCUGCUUUGACUGGAGGAAACGAUUCGAAGAUGACGACUGCGGUACCAACUGGAAUUCGACGUCUGUGGAUUGCACGGGAGGGUCUAAGUGGUCCUUCAGCAUUGAAAAUUCGGGCUUCAGCAAGCAUGAAGACGAUGCACUCUCGCGGCCAUGAGUUUGACAUCGGUGCCACUGAUGAGCAAGAAGAGCGUGUUUUGGUCCAAUUAAAUGGUCUUCAAUCCACCAAUGUGGCAGAUCAAAGCGAUUCAGCAACACAAGAGAGCAAUUUUAUUCUUCCCACUUACCAUAUCCAGCAUGUUCCUGACGUUGAGUCAAUGAAUGCGACACAGGUAGCCCUUUAUUGCGCACCAGCACUACCUCAAGAGGCUGAACCCCUCGAAUUCUUCCGUGAACUGAACUUUGUCGCCUAUAAAUUUUUAGAUGAUGCUCUUAAAUCACUCUCUGCUGAUCCGGCAACUUCCAGUUCAAUCUUUCCCCAUAUCCAUCGAUACACAGAGUGGGCUCAACUGCAGCAAAACCUGUUUCGUUCUGGGUCUUUGCCACUCAGCCGACCAGAAUGGAACGAUUUGUUAAAUGACGAGACAUACUUCGAGACUGCCUGUAACCGACUUGCUCAAACCAAUGACCUGGGAUCGAUCUAUGUUCACACCGGUCGCAACCUCCUGAGUAUCCUUCGAGGCGAGCAGAACCCGCUGCAGUUCCUCUUCACUGGAGAUCAGAUGGUGAAAUGGUACACCGAGCUCAAUAACCGACCCGGCUCAUUUCGUCCAUGGGGACGGUAUCUUCAAGCGCUCGGUCGGAAGAACCCAACGAUGCGAAUCCUUGAAAUUGGUGCUGGUACAGGAGGCACAACUACUCAGAUGCUGCACAUUUUGUCAACAGAUAUAGGUCUUGCUGAGAAGGAUGCUUUGUAUGGCAGCUAUGAUUACACAGAUAUCUCGUCUGCGUUUUUUGAGAAAGCCGCAAAGCGCUUCGGUCAAUUCCCUCGCAUGGGAUUCCAAAUGUUGGAUAUUACCCAAGAUCCCGCCAGUCAGGGAUUCGAACUUGCAUCGUAUGAUUUGAUCGUCGCGGCCAACGCUCUCCAUGCGACUCCCGAACUACGGAAAACAAUGCAAAAUGUUUGUCAACUCCUGAAACCACAGGGCAAACUCAUGUUGUAUGAGAUCACGCGGCCUGAAAUCAUUCGAUCGGGCUUCAUCGCCGGUUUGAUGGAAGGGUGGUGGAGCGGAGUGGACGAAGGGCGGUUGUGGAGUCCAGCUCUUGCAGUUUCUGAAUGGGAUACCGUGCUCCAACAGUCUGGUUUCCGUGGGGUUGACGUUACUUUUCCUGAGUACCAGGAAGAUGAAUGCCAGGAAGCCAACAUCAUGGUAGCUACCGCAGGCAGUGCCGUGCCUCCAGCUCAAUCAUUCCCAGUGUGCCUCGUUGUCGAUGAAACCUCGCCUGUGCAGCAAAGUGCCAUAGCGCAGGUGAGCUUGGGUCUUCAAUUGCGAUACCCAGGGUCAACACUGUCCGUCAAGAGCUUGCAGGAUCUGAGUUUGCUUCCAAGCAUCGCAGAAGAGACUCUGAUCUUCCUGGUGGAAACUGAGAAACCACUCCUGAGUGAUAUGAGCCGUGAAACUUUCUGUCAGAUUCAGCAAGUUACCAAUGAGUCCAAAUCCAUUCUCUGGGUUACAACCGGUGGUGGUGAGAGCUCGAAGCGUCCCGAAUAUGGUCUUGUUGAUGGUUGGGCACGAAGUCUACGAAAUGAAAAGGCCAGUCGACGGAUCUGUACAUUGGCUCUGGAUCUUGCAGAUGGAUUCCAGAGUCACCAUGCCCAACACAUCAUUUCCAUCAUCGAUCGCUCCCUUCUUGACAUACUCCAAACGACCUAUGAGCCUGAGUUCGUUGAAAUUCAGGGUCAACUUCAUGUGCCGCGACUCGAGCAUGCAUCUGCAUUGACAGAAGAGCUCCACCACGCAUCCCAACCUUAUGAAUCAUGUAUAAAGCCAUUAGACGAACUUCCUUCAGUUCAGCUUGCAGUUCGCUCCCCGGGAUUGCUUACAGCUCUGCACUGGACUGAUAAUGACGACAAUAAAGCUCUUCCGCUUCUGUCAGAUGAGGUUUUGAUAGACAACAAGGCCGCUGCGAUUAGCUGGGCUGAUGUAUUGAUCGCUUUGGGCAAAACUCCUCGCACUACACUUGGGCUUGCGUCUGCAGGAUAUGUUAUUCAUGCGGGUCAAGAUUCAGGCUUCUCUCCAGGUGAUCGAGUUCUCACGUUUGGUGCCGGAAAGUUCAAAACUCGAGUCCGAACCAAAGCAGCCACUCUCUAUCCUCUCCCAGAUGAUCUUCCUUUCCCUCAAGCAGCAGGUAUUCCCGUGACAUUUGGUUUCAUGUGGCAUGCUUUGAUUGAAAUCGGUCGCAUGCGUCGAGGACAGAGUAUACUCAUUCAUGAUGGUGCUGGUGCAGCCGGUCAAGCGGCUAUUCAAUUAGCUCAGUAUUUCGGUGUUGAAAUUUACUCCACUGCAAACAGUGAUGAGAGCAGACAACUGUUGAUUGAGCGAUAUGGAAUCACCACAGAUCGAAUCUUUGACGGUCGGGGCACUCAUUUCGCACGCGGCAUCCUCAAGAUGACGAAAGGUCGCGGAGUAGACCUGGUUAUUAACUUCAUCGAGGGAGAAUUCCAACAAGCAUCUUGGACCUGUGUUGCAUCCUAUGCAUCGUUCACUCAACUUGAGAUUGUGAGCUGGAUGAAUGAGCGACCUGAUAUGGUUCAAUACGCAUUGCAGAACAUCUUUCCACUUGUUCAGUCAGGAAACCUUUCUCCCGGUAAAAUUUCCCAGGUGAAGGAUGCAGCCAGUAUCGAAGAGACAUUCCGAGCAAUGCAGGAUGGUGACAUGAUUGGACAGCCUGUAAUUGAUCUUACACUGAAGAGCAGUGUUCCAACUGAGCUGGCCGUUCAAGUUCCCUUUACUUUGAGCUCAGAUGCGACAUAUGUUUUAGCUGGUGGUCUUGGUGGACUUGGUCGAGUCACGGCCCAAUGGUUAGCUGCACAGGGAGCUCGAAACCUCGUUCUACUGGGACGGUCGGGCCCUAAAACUCAAGAAGCCCUGGAUCUUAUUCAACAGCUAGAGGCAAUAGGCGUGCGUGUCUAUGCACCUCCCUGCGACGUUAUGGAUGCAGUUGCUGUUCAAAUUGUGAUGAACGAAGUAUCCAAGACCAUGCCACCAAUUCGUGGUUGUGUCCAAGGUUCAAUGGUCCUUCGCGAUCAGCUGUUUGGCGAAAUGAGUUACGAAAAUUGGCGCGUCGCGGUGGAAUGCAAGGCGCUUGGGUCAAAGCACCUUGCGGAAAACCUUCCCGCAGAUCUGGAUUUCUUCGUUCUUCUCUCCUCGCUGAGUGGAGUUCAUGGACUACAAGGUCAAGCAAAUUACGCCGCGGGAAAUUCCUUCUUGGAUUGCUUUGCUCGAAAUCAUGUUGCGCACGGUCGCAAGGCGGUUUCCAUUGAUCUUGGUGCGAUGGUUGAUGACGGACUUUUGUCUGAGACAGAUGGCUUUCUCGAUCAAGUUAUUAAAUACGGUUCUUUAGCACCAGUGACUCGGGCACAAUUCCUGGCUUUAUUGUCACUCUACUGCAAUCCUGCUCGGGCGCUGCCUACCCCAGAUUGCGCCCAGGUAGUCGUCGGACUCUCGAGUGGCUCUGACGGAUCCCAUGGAGACAACACUAUCAUCGAACAGCCCUUUUUCAGUCGACUCAGGCUCGAACGUGCAGGUCUCGAAACUGUCAGUCAAGAUACAGGCAAGAUCAAUCCAAGAGGCCUGUUCUUGAAGACCACAACCUUACAAGAGGGACGGGAGAUUGUUAAUCAGGCACUUAUGGACAAACUAGUCCAUUCGUAUCGCUUAAUCUCGGAGGACACAAUAAUUGACGAGCAUGCUCCAUUGCACACUUACCGAGUCGACUCAAUGUUGGCUGUUGAGCUAUGUAACUGGACUUCAAAGGAGUUUUUGGCUGAUCUUGCGGUUUUAGAAAUUAUGGGAGGUGCAACUUUUGCCAUGAUCAGCACGAUGGUAGCUACUCGGAGCCAGCUGCCUCAUCCUCAGUGGGCGUGA